AUAGCAAAUACGAAUUUUGCUUAAAGCAUAUUCAUAGAGAUUGAUUUACCGUUAAUGCCCCAACGACGCCCCCAAAAAUGGCGGAUCAUAAGUAUAGGCUCUUCAAUGCGGUCGAUCCGAGCAAAGUAAAAGUUCCCUUCAAUCAAAAGUUCGCCAGUUUGACGCUAUCCUCCCAAAAAAAACGACUCCAGGUGUCCCAUGCGCCGAAGGAUCAGCCAUUAAAGAGGAACGACAAGGAAACAGGGAAAUUGUCAGAAGCUCCAAUGCGCGCCAAUGUGGGAGCACCCGCUCCGUCCUGCGGGGCAAAUACGGAGUACGUGCACACAGAACUCGACAAUUCCGACUACAUGGAAGCCUUGCAGCUGAGCGCCGACGGCUGCACCCAGGAUGUGGCCAAUGUGGGCGAUGUAGAGCUCCUGUCCGCUGGCAUCAGCAAUUUGAAAGUGCAGACCAUUAAUGAGGAGCACUCGACCAAGCCAGAGAUCUCCAUUUGCAUUUCUUCCACUACGGAAGAGAACGUAUCCGGCGACGGCGACGACGACGCCGCCUCCUGUAUCACCAUAUCCGAUUCUAGCGAGGAUGUGCAAGAACCCUUGCCUCCCGAUAGCAUGGCUGUGAGUGAACGGGAAAUUGUGGCUAAUCCCGGCCAGGAAGACAUACCACCGCCCAUGCUCACAACCGAAAAAGUGAAGCGCAUCGAGGCUUUUCUGCGCGAUGUGUCCAUCGAGCGACGCGAGAUGGAGUGGAAUGGCCCAUUGACACCGUCCCCCCUCUCUUCUAGCAAGCAGCAAUCCCGUCUAGCUAAUGCGGACACCGAGUCCAUGUCGCCCACCGACGAGGACUGGCAGCCACCCGCUACCAGGCCGAUUUACAACAGCACACAACUGGCGAACAACGAUACGCAGGUGAAUACCAUCUGCUCAACAGAUGCCACUCGAUUGGAUAGCAGCAAGCGGCUGGCAGACGACGAAACGGAGGCGAAUACUCUCGAAUCCGAGGAGCUUGAGCCCACAAACAGCAGCAAGCGUUUAGCAGAUAAUGACACCGAACUCAACACCCUGUGUUCUGAUAGCUCUGAGACCCAUAACUCGACGAUUCAGGACAAUGAGCCCGUUCCUGAUGAAUCCAUUGAAAUACCGGAAACCAGCAGCGAGUGCGAGCUCACACCGCAAAAGGCCAGCUCUGGUUCCUCCACAUCGGAAAGGGACAAACACGGUUCUAUACAGGUCAGCAGUAUUAAUAUUUCAGCGAAGAUCAACAUUAAAAUCAGCAUUCCCACUAUGGAGUCAAGUUCGGCGGAAGACGAGGAUGAGCACUACUCUUCGCCCAGGGCCACUAAGUCUCUGCCCAGCUCGGAGGAGGUGCAGCACCAAGAGCACCAACAGCAGGAGCCUCAGAAGGCACUCCACCAAAAAUCCAUGCUGUCGGUGGAUGAUGCAUCCGAGGAUGAGCAAUUCCUCACCCACGCAGAAAAGCUCCUCAAUCAAUUGUACGGCAAGUCUUGGCAAACACCAGAUGUGAUCCGCACUCUUAAGCGCUCCAGUGGUAGUGGCGAUAAGAAGGCUCCUCUGAGGCCCAGGAAUAUUAAAGCAACAGCGGUAACCACCGCUAAAAAGAAGAAGCCGAAGCCAGAUGAAAGUGUUCUCGAGGACUUCAGCAUAUUUACCAAACCUCUGCGCACAAAUCAGACUCCUUUAAACUCGACUCGUCUGCCUCCGAUACGCGCUGUCCAAACAGAGAGGCGUCCGCGGACUCAAAAGCCGUUGACACGUCCGCGCACCAAUCAUGUGGACGAGGAUCGCUGGCGCAAGCUCAUAGAUUCCGACAGCGGGACAGACGCCUCCGACGAUGAGGAUGCAGAUGCCACUUUCAGCGAAAGCGGUAGUGAUAGCGACAGUGAUAAGGACAAGGAGAAGCAGCCAAAGAGAGGCGACCUAACCUAUCUGGACUUGAGCAAAGAUGAGGUGGAGGUGAUCAGCAAUCCCGACCAGGACUCGCCGUCGCCAAAAUAUCACCCUCGCCUGGACGACAUACUACGCUCAUGUCGCGCCAGCGUUAAGGCAAAACUUCCUGCCACGCCUGCGCACCAGCCAAACAUUCGUCGCCAACUUUUUACCCCUAACGCAGGAUUCGAGAACGACAACCAAGCUAAGGAGAUAGUGAACAGGGCGUUGGACCUAGACAUGCUGGAUGAACUGGAGAGCGACUACCUACCCGGGACUCCUGUCCACAGGAGAGUGCAGGAGGUAAAGAAGAAGCUUGGCAUUGGGCAGCAAGGUCAGACAACUCCUCACGAGAGCCCGAUUCUCAAGUUGCUUACGCCGAAAACGGCUACCCCCAAAGGCACUGCUCCGCCCAAAACAUCCGCACCGCCAAAAGCUUCUGCCCCGCCAAAAUCCACGGCCCGCAAACCUAGGAAGCAGAAGGAUCUCUCACCCGUUGCGAGCCGCGGCAAGUUUGGCUUCCUGAAAUCCCUGGAGGGACAAGUGAGCCGUGAUAGGGCGGACAACGAGGCCUUCUUCUAUCGGGAAAACUUCUCAAGAAAUAAGGAUCAGCUGGCCCAGCAUCUUUACCAGAUGUAUAACGCCCAGGUGUUCAACAACGAGCUGAAUGUGCCCAUCAUCUGGUCCAAAUUGCUGCGCAACACUGCCGGCCGGUGCAUGAACAAGCGCAAACUUAACCAGCGUAGCAGCGUUGUGGAACUGAGCGUCAAAGUGCUGACUACCGCGGACCGCCUGCGUUGCACCUUGAUACACGAACUCUGCCAUGCUGCGGCCUGGGUGUUUAAUGGCGAGGGUGGACACGGACGGGUGUGGAAGAUGUGGGCCCAAAGAGCCAACGACAAGUUCCCCGAUCUGCCGCAGAUCAAGGUCUGCCACAACUAUAGCAUUGAUUUCAAGUAUACCUACAAGUGUCUGAGCUGCGACAAAGCGUCACAUGCUCAUUCCCGAUCCCGAAAGGUGGAAGAUUUGCGCUGCAGGAUCUGCCGGGGACCCAUCACCCUCUUCCUGAACAAAAAGGACAAGCAAGGAAACACUGUAUCUACGCCGGCGGGCGAGGCGAAGGGAUUUGCUAAGUUCGUUAAGGACAAUUUCCAGAAGCACAAGCGCGACAACAUGACUGCCGCACAGGUGAUGCGCAUCCUGAGCGUGGAGUACGCCAAGCAGAAGGGUCAGCCAGCGGAGGAGACAGCGGCGUCGAUCGCCAGCCGAGUGGAAACGCUGACACUGGACGAGUCGUCCAACUAGCUGGGGUCUCUUUUGAAUUUUUGCUGGCUUCUGUUAAAUGUGGUGCUACAUGCCAUAAACCAUUUUUGGUAUAUCAAAGACAAUUUGAAAAACUUAACUGAGAUCUCAGUUCGUGCGAAGUCGACAUUAGUAUAUUUUGUUUAUUGUAUUAUAUAUUUUCUUAACCAGAAACAUGGUUUCCAUUAAAAUUAAACGGUCAUUCAAAAGCCA